GCAACGCCGCCGCACAUGCAACCGUCAGCCGAAGUCUAGAACGCCCUUGCCCCACUUAAGGGCUCCCAGGGCUUUGCGAGCAGCAAGCAUAACAUAAGCCUGCAGUCUUCUCUCGAGCUCUAGAGCCAGCUUGGCGACGCCGGCGAGAUGGUGCCAGAGGUACCCGCCUUGUUCAGGGAGAUUGCGAAGAGUCUCUCUGCCGAGGGCCUGAAGCCAGCUGCUGCGGCCUGCAACCGCCUACUUGAUUCGAUUAAGAAGGAGGGCGGCAACGACAGCGCACACAAGAAGCUCGUGAGCGCGCUCGAUGCGGUGCCCGUCGACACAAUGGCCCGUGUCGUCGCGGGUCUCCAGCCUGCUGCGCAACGCGUGCUGCUCGGGCUGAGCGACAACAUGGAAGACGCGUUCCUCAGAGCCCGACUGGUGCCAGAGCUGGCCCUCAAAAUGCUGGAGGCCGCCAACGUCGGCCCGGAGCAGCUGCUUGGCGCGAUGUACGGCCCAGUGCUCGACUACAGCUCUGAUGACGAGGACGCCGAGGCGGCGGAGGGCCUGGCGUCCAUGAUACUGACCCGCGCCGAUGGAGGGGCCAGCGGUGGCAAGGCCGCCGUCAAGGGCAAGGCUGCCGCCAAGGGGAAGGGUGGUGCCAAGGAUAAGUCGGAGUCACAGGGGCCGCAGGAGGAGGAAGGCGGCGGCGAGGAUGAGCCUUGGUUCUGCGGCGCGGCGCGGCUGGGACACCUGGGUGUGCUGCGCAAGGCCGUAGCAGCAGCGGCGACCAAGCCGUCGCAGGAGCAGCUGGCGGCGGCGCUGCGGGCGGCGGUGCUGUGCGGCCGCCGCGACGCCUACCGACUGCUGCUUGACGAGUGCGGGGCGCCGGCCGACGCCGUCGACAUUGCCCGCGACCUGAUGGCUGUAGCAACCGGCAGCACUGGCUGUAGCAGUGCCGCUGCCAGCGGCGCUGCCGGCGGGGUGGCGCCGGCGGCGGCGGCGCUGCGUUGGCGGCGGCUGCAGCAGGACCGGGUGGCGCAGGCGGUUCAGCUGUUGGUCGCAGUCGCCCGGGAGCGCGGCCAGCUGUCGCAGGUGGGGCCGGAGCUGAUCCUGAGCGCGCUGGCGGCGGCGGCACAGGCGCUACAGCCGGAGGCGGUCCGCGCGCUGGCGGCGACGGCGCACGGGGCUGUAGCAGCCGGCGGCGGCGACGGCGAGGAGGCUGUAGCAGGCGCCGCCACCGCGCUUCUGUGGGAGCUUGUGUGCGGCGGCGCCGGCGCGGGACAGCCGCUCGGGAUGCGCGGCGGCAUCGACGACGACUCCGCCGCCAAGGCUGCGGCCGGCGGCGGCGCCGAGGAUGGGGACGAGGAGGACCAGGGUCCUGGGGAGGAUGGGGAGAUGCCGGAGGACGCGGCGCUGUCGCCGCAGUUUGCCACCUACAAGGCGCUGGUGGCGGCGGGCGGCGCGCGCGUGCGGCUGAGCCCGGCGCAACUGCGGGAGCUGCAAGCGCGGCCGGGCGCGGCGGCGGCACUGGCGGCUCUUCCCGGCGAUGAGCUGGUCCGUGUGGCGGCUGCGGGCGGUGGUGCUGGCGGUGGCACGGCAGCAGGGGACACCCAGCCUCUUGAGGCGGCGGCGGGUAAAGGCGCGGAGCCGUGGGCCUCGGACGUGGCCUCAGUGGCAGCGCUGGCAGGACUGCGAGAGGCAGGCGGCGGCAAGGAGGGACCGGCGGCGGCGGCGGCCGCCGCCGCCAUCGCGGCGGCGUCGACGGAGCUGAGUUGGGCUGAGGUGCCGCUGCUGCAGAGCCCUGCUGCGGCGCCCCAGGCGGCUGCUGCCGCCGCACCUGCGGCGAAGAAGCGCAAGACGGAUACGGCAGAAGCGGCGGCGUUGGCGGCGGGGGUAGAGGUGGAGCCGGCGGACGGCGUGCAUGUGCUGCUAGCGGCGGCGCAUGUGGGCAACGCCGCCGCGUGUCUGUUCCUCCUCACCGGAGAUGGCGAUGACGAGGAGCGGGAUUUGGAUGAGGAUGAGGAUGAGGAGCCCGAGGAGGAGGAGGAGGAGGAGAAGGAGAAGCAGCGCGGGCGGGCACUUCCUGAGGAGGCACGGCCGCGGCCGGGGGAGGUGGUGCAGGCGGUGCAGGUGGCGGCGCGGCGCGGCGGCGGCGGCGCCGCCAGCGGCUGCUGGCGGCUGGUUGACAUGCUGGUUGGCCGGCUGCUGUGUCAGGUCAUGAUGGAUCAGAUCAUGCAAGUGACUGGCGGCGGCGCCGGCGGCGGUGAUGGCGGCGGCAGCGACGAUGACGCUUCGGAUGGGGAGGGCAAGAAGAGGCGGCGCGGCGCGGAGGCCGCUGGCGGCAGCGGGAGCGGGAGCAGUGUUGCCGAGAUGAUUGCGAGCAACCCCAACCUGAAGCUGUUGUGUCACGUGGUCUCGGGCGACGGCGCGUCGGCGGGCGACAUCAUGGCGGGGCGUGCCGGCGACGACGACGACGACGACGCGGGCGAGGAACGCGAGGAAGGCGACAAGGAGAAGGAGAAGGAGGAGGAGGAGGAGGCGGCGGCGGCAGACGGCAUGCCUGCCAGCUCGUACUGGGUGGCUCGGGCGCUGCAGCUGGCGGCGUCACGCGGCGACGUGGGGCGAGUGGUUGAGCUCAUGGCUGGCAUCGAGGUGCGCUGCCGCCAGGAGCGCGAGCAACAGCAACAGCAGAAGGAGGGCAAGGAGGGGGCUGGGGGCGAAGCGACGCUGACGUGGGGUCAGGCGGUGCUGGGGCGUGGCGUGCUGGCGGCGAUGCGCACGGCGGUGGGCGCGCUGGCGGGCGCCCGCCGGCUGCGGGUGCCGGAGGAGCGGCGGGUGCGGCUGCUGGGCGGGCGCAAGGUGGUGCAGGUGCUGGCGCACGCCAGCGGCCGGCAGCCGGCGGCGGCUGUAGCAGAGGGCGUGGCGGAGGUGCGGGCGGCUGUAGCAGCGGCGCACGCGGAGCUGCAUUACGCCUGCAAGGCCGCGCGUGAGCGCGGCAGUAAAAGCACUGCUGCAGCCGCUUCCAGCGCGGCUGGUGCGGAUGGCAGUAGCACUGUGCAGCUGUGUGGCUUCCGGUGGGGGGCCGUGGCGCCGGCGGUGCGGGAGGCGAUUGAGGAGGCCCGGUCGGAGGCGGUGGGUGGCGGUGGGGUGGGGGGUGAGGAGGCAGACGGGCUGUGGGAGAGCUGGGAGAGUUCAGAGGAGGCGGAGGAGUAUGGGGAUGAGGAGGCGGAGGAGGAGAGCGACGAGGAGAUGGAGAUGGGCGAGGGAGAGAGCGGGAGCGGGAGCGGGCUAAGCGGAGAGGAGUCGGAUGGGGAGGAUGAUGAGUGAAGAGGUCUGGACGUGUGCGGGACGCGGCGCGUUCAGUUUUAGCUUGGAAUGCGGUGGGGUUUGAGGCUUUGCGUGACGGCUUGUGGUAAGAGCAGAACUACACGAGUGAGUGUGUAUCGAAGGGUAGGAGCUGCGAGAUGGGGAUACCAGUGU